AUGGCGUCGAAAGUGUUGCAGUCAAACUACGAUGUUGACUAUGUUAUCAGUUACCGAAUCCCCGAAGAUGAUAAGGAAGCUGCAAUAGCUCAAUUCAAAAAGCUCGUUCGAGCCCUCGCCGAAACCGGGCUGACCACCGAAGUCCGCCGCGGAGACGAAACUUCCCUUCUGCUCUUCGUCAAGAUUUCGGAUGAGAGGAUCUUUGCACAGGUUGUGUACAGAUCUCGUAUCAAAGAUUGGCUAUACGGAGUCCGCCAGAUCCAACCGCGUGGUGAUCCAGCUGAGGCACUGGGGGCUGAGCCAUUGACGGACGCCGAAAGACACAGACACGUUCAUCAUAUGAUAUGCUUCUCCCGUGAAGAAGGAGGUGCGGGAAUCACACCCAACCAUGGUGAAUGGAAGAAUGUCGAAGCCGUGUUCCCAUUGCAGGAUCAUGUCAAGAACAAGAAGUGGUUGACCGAGUUCUCCAGCAAGACAUUCCUGAACCCGGAGGACCUGGACGACAUCAGGGACACUGUAGGCGAAAAGAUUGGUUACUACUACGCCUUUCUUCAAACCUAUUUCUCAUUCUUAAUAUUCCCAGCAGCCUUCGGCUUUUCCUGCUGGGUUUUGCUCGGCAAUUUUUCUGCCGUCUACGCUGUCGUCAAUGGACUAUGGUGUGUUGUCUUUGUUGAAUACUGGAAACGUCAAGAGCAAGAGCUGGCGAUCCGAUGGGGCGUCAAGAACGUCUCUGCCAUCGAAGCCAAGAGGAGAGAAUUCGAACCUGAGAGAGUCGCAACAGAUCCCGUCACCGGCGAAAAGGUCGCCUACUUCCCAGCAAAGAAGCGGAUCUUAAGACAGCUACUUCAAAUCCCGCUGGCGUUGCUCUGCGUUGUGGCCCUUGGAACGGUCAUCUGCACUUGCUACGCCAUCGAGAUCUUCAUUUCGGAAGUCUACAAUGGCCCGCUCAAGUCGAUCCUCGUCUUCACACCUACCAUCAUUCUGACCCUGGCGGUUCCUGCCAUCAGCAACUAUCUGACACAGUUUGCUGAGAAGCUGACGUUUUAUGAGAACUACGAAACCCAGGAGGCACAUGACCGCGCCAUGAUUUCCAAAGUUUUCGUUAUCAACUUCAUCACUUCCUACACAGCAAUCUUCCUGACAUCUUUUGUCUACGUCCCGUUCGCCUCACUCCUCGUACCAUACCUCGACGUUCUUAGCCUUACAGUCAAGCCGUUUGCCGAAAACGAGAAACAAAUGCAGACACCUUCGCCCGCCGCUUUCAGCAUCAAUCCUAACCGACUCCGAAACCAGAUGAUCUACUUUGCAGUGACCGCUCAGGUUGUCAACUUCGCCAUGGAGACCGUGGUGCCGGUACUUACGCAGAAAGGGACCAAGAAGUACAAGGAGAUGCAAUCCUCUAGAGCCGAGAAAAGCGGAGGCACGGCUCCAUCCGUAUCAGCGAAUGAUCCGCCCGAAGAGAAAGAGUUCCUUACCCGGGUCCGCGAAGAAGCCGCGCUUCCGGAAUACGACGUCACCUCAGAUCUGCGGGAAAUGUGCAUCCAAUUCGGCUACCUGGCCUUGUUCUCCGUCAUCUGGCCUCUCACACCAGUGUCGUACUUCUUCAACAACUGGCUCGAACUCCGCGGCGACACGUUCAAACUGACUGUCGAAUGUCGGCGGCCAAACCCUGUACGAGCCGACAGUAUCGGACCUUGGCUUGACAGCCUCGAGUUCCUCGCAUGGCUCGGCAGCAUCACGACCGCCGCGCUCGUGUACAUGUUUAGCGGAGGGAACGGACCGGACGGCAAGCCGCACACGAUCAAAUUGUGGGCGCUGCUGCUGAGCGUUUUCUUCAGCGAACAUAUUUUCCUGGUUGUCCGUGUUCUCGUUCGUUCAGCCAUCAGCAAGCUGGACAGCGCCGCCAUGCGUAAGGAACGCAGCGAGCGGUUCAUGGUCCGUAGGAAGUUCCUGGAGGAGGCCGGUCUCGCCGACGCUAUCAAGCCGCUCACCGCGUCGCCAAACAGCCCUCUACAGGAUGAGUCCGGGUCGCAGGCAUUUGCCUCGAUCACCAAAGAGACUCUAGAGGACGAUGCUCGACGAGACAGUCUCUCGUCAUCAGACCCGGCGGAUCGCUUCUGGAGGCGCCAACGCACCUGGACCGAGACGGAGAAGGUCGGUCUGACGCUGAUUGAGUUGAUGGACGUGGGUGGUGCCAAAUCCAAGAAGCAACAGUAG